AUAUUUGACAUUUCGACUUUCGUUGUUUUCUGUCUGUGUGUGAAAUUGUGAGCGCAUGUUUUUUUCCAAUUGUAUUCCAAUUUAAUGCUUGUAACUUUUGUUCUUACUGUUUUGAUUUUGAAUAUCAAGUAAAAAUGAGCGCGUGGCCAGAAGUAGUGACUGCGAAAUCGGAAAAUCGUCAUGAAAUCAAAUUGGCGGGCGCCGCUAUAUCCAAACGGAUUUCAGAACAAGGUUUAGACAAAAAUAUCUUUACAUUGACAAAUAUAAAUUUGUUGAAUAUCAGCGACACGUGCCUGGAACUCAUCCCUGAUGAAAUAAAAAGCCUCGUGAACCUGCAAAGCUUACUUUUGUUUGGAAAUAAGAUACAAGUGUUCAACGACAAUAUAACCUUAUUGUCGAAGUUAAAAGUGCUUGAUUUGUCUCGCAACCAGAUAAAAUCCAUUCCAGACGGCUUGAAUAACUUAAAAGAGUUGACUAGUAUUAAUUUCAGUUCUAACUUGAUCGAGGAAUUGCCUAAAAUCGGCGAUUUGCCUAAUCUUAUAUCAUUUGAUGCUUCGAACAACAAAUUGACAAGUUUUCCGGACGUCGACGGCGCCAACUUGCCCCAUCUCACUGAUCUGAAGCUCAAAGGCAAUGGUAUUGAGUCAAUUCCAAGCACUAUUGCGAAACACCUUCCUUCAUUAAAGAAUUUUGAUAUUGGUGAUAAUCAACUGAAGACCAUCCCAGGAGAAGUGGCUGCCUUGGGAAAAUUGAAAGAGAUCAACCUCAAAGGCAACAAACUAACGGACAAAAGGUUUAUGAAAUUAGUGGACCAAUGCCGCACAAAACAGAUCAUGGAUUACAUCCGAGACCACUGCCCCAAGGCUGAUCAAAACCAACCAGCAGGCAAAAACAAGUCAAAGAAAGGCAAAAAAGAAGACCCGCUACAUGACGAAAUUGAAAACGAGCUGUGUCAUUCCAUGAAAGUUCUGCAUGUGGAGGAAGAUGUGCUCAAGGUGAAGAUAUUUGAGCCCCAAGUGGCCGGCAUCAGGCCGUAUAUACUCUGCUGUAUCAUUAAAGAUCUGAAUUUCACAACUGAAUUGUUCAAAAAGUUCAUACAGAUGCAAACCAAGUUACAUGACACUGUAUGUGACAAACGGAAUGUGGCGACCAUCGCUACUCAUGAUUUGGGGAAGAUUGCACCAGGUGACCUGAAAUACACAGCUAAACCCCCAGCGGCACUAAAACUGGCCCCUCUAUCGAGGGUGAAGCCGUACACUGGAGAACAACUGUUCCAGCAACUUACAGCAGAAGCAGACGCUUUGAGAAAGGAGAAGAAAAGAAAUGUCUACUCAGGAAUACACAAAUAUCUGUACUUACUGGAGGGAAAGCCUCUGUACCCGUGCCUGGAGGACUCUAGCGGCAAAGUUAUCAGCUUCCCGCCCAUCACCAAUUCAGAGGAUACUAAGAUGUCGCACGAAAGCAAAGCGAUGCUGGUGGAGGUGACAUCGCAGGCGUCGCUGGGUGCGUGUAAGGGUGUUCUGGACAGGUUCCUGCAGGAGUGCCUCAUGCUGGGCCUCGGAGACCAGCCCGACCAGGCGGAAGGGUUUCAUGCGCUCACUGUGCAGCAGGUAAAAGUAGUAGACAUGGAGGAUAACCUCAAAAACGUUUACCCUUCGCGAGCUGACUGUUCAUACGAAGGCACCAAUAUCAAGGUGCUUCGGAUGCCUAAAAAAUAAACCUAGUCCAUGUGAUACUGUUCCUGUGUGCUAUUUUAGGACCUAUCUCGUGGUCUGAAAUUGUGCUAUGCGUACCUAUAGGACUGGUUAUGAAAUGUUCCAAAUUGAUCUUGUAGUGUUAUAGCUAGUAUUUUUCAAAUAUGGAUAAAUCAUACUACAAUAUUAUAUUGUUUAAAACGCAACACAUUAAUAGAUCCCUUCAUAUCAUAACCAAGCCAUUGUUGUGCGACCGGCAUUUAUGGAGAAUUUUCAAUUAUUUUUUUUGCUUCUUUACUACGCUAAGCAUCUCAUAUUGCUCAUAGCGACCGCCGGCUUUUCAUAAUUAGGGCGCAUAACCAUCUUUAGUAUAAUACAAGUUGGUAACACCAGAGUCUAAUUGUUUAUCAAGGCAUAACAGGUAUGUGGUAUUAGGAGUUCAGAAAUCUGAUGUACUCCAUACACAAUUUUUACUUUUUUUUUUAAAUCUUACGUGCCAAUAACAUACCAGUGUGUUGAUUUGAUUUGCUAUAAGCAGGCGCUUUAUAUAUAUUUUUGUUUUACAUACGAAAAUAAUUUACUUAUCAAACAAUUUUACUAUUAGGCCCAAACAACUUUGCUUACGACAUAAUAUGGAAACUGGUGUAGUAAUUUUCAGCUAUAUGGAAAAUUAAUCAGUAUAAAGAUAGUUUAACGUUUGUUUACAAUAAUUUCACUAAAACUGCAUCAUAUAAAUAAAUAAAAAAAAAUAUAAUUGUUAAUCAGUGUUAUUAUAAAUUAACAUUAUCAUAUCUUUCAUCUCUAAAACAUACAUAUACAUCUAGUUUCAGGAAGCAUAUACCUGUCGCUUUCUAGCUUCCUUCUUGGAUAGCUCAUUUGCCCGUUUGCUACUUAUAAGUUAAAAAAAACGUCCAUUUUGAGUACAACAUUGUAUUAUGAACUUUACCUUUUAAAAUAAAUAUAUAUUGUGUAUUUUAAGUACGCUAAAAGCGAUUCUGGCUAUUUUAUAAUGAAAGUACUGCGAGUCUUUGUCACAAUUCAUUAUUAUUCAAUGUUGUGGAAUUGUGGCUCAACAUAUUGUAUCUACACAAUUCCACUUACAAAUGUAUGUAUUACAUUUUAUAUGUUCAAUGUUCCUUUGAACAUUUAUGACUUCAUGCAGCCAAAUCAGAUUUCGUUGAAUUUGGAUACUCCAAAUCGCAGCUUAUAUUGUUAUCAUUUUCUUUGUAUUUUUUGUCUUGUAAAAUUUUAUAAACCUAAUGUCUGUGAUGAAUAUUGACUCACUGUGGUUUAAGAAGUUGUAACUUAAGAGGAAGUGUUUUGUUUUUUAAUAAAGUAUUUUCUUAAUAAUA